AUGAAGUACUUAGUUUUGCUAGUUAUUCUGUACACUUCAAUUAUUUCAGCCAAGAUAUUUGCUCCAUAUUGUAGACCUAGAACUCUUGAAUUGCGCUACUGUAGAAGAGAUAAUGAUUGUUAGUACUCAGAUGAAUACUGUAGUGGUAGUGGCAGUGGUAGAAAAUAUUGCUAAUAGGUAAACUAUUUUGUCGAUCCAUGCAGGGACUUUGUAGAUAAUGGUGAACCUGGACUGUGUGCUGCUACCUUAUGCCCAGAGCGCACUUAUUGCAGAAAUGGAAAAUGCUACAGAAGACAUCACUGA